AUGGAUGAUGUAGGCUUUGAUGAAUCUGCUGUUAGUAAAAGAGGGAAAAGACGAAGACAAAAGACUGAGGCAAGAGAUUCUAAGAAGCGCAUGAAAUUGAAGCAUAGGGAUGAAGAUGAGUCUGCUUUGGUCAUACCGAAAAGACGUUCAGACCGUGUAUCAAAGAAAGAAAAGACUGUGGAUCAGUUAUGUGAAGAGCUAGGGAUUGAGGACGUUGAAAUGACCUACUCAACUGAGGACUUUGAAAAUUGGACCAUUCAGAAAUUAUUCGACCAGUAUGUUCGUCCUCUGAUUACAAAUAAAAACCCGAAUGCAUCUAAAGAGGAUGUUCAGAAAGUAUUAGAUGCCAAAUGGAAGGAAUUUGCCAUUAUGAACCCUUAUAUUCCUAAAGGAGAGGAAGAUUUGGACGAUGAUUUUGAUGAUGGAGAUACUGAGACUCAGGAUGAUGACAUUUCUGACGUCCGUGUGCAAACUAUGUCUUUUAAAAGACGCAGGGGAGUUGUUGGCAAGCAUAUGACCCAGGUGUCAACAGCUGGAUAUGCAACUCCUAUUUCUGUAGGUGGGGGAAGCGAGGUUGCGAGUCGGUCGCCCUCACCUUCACCCGCUCCUGUUUCAGCUACUACACCUCCAUUAAAGAUCAGAAUAAGCAAAAAGAAAAAGCGACGGGGCCGAAGAAAGGCUGAGGAGCGGUCCGUUGGAGGUCAUAAUACAAGCGAUGAGGAAUUCGAGCGGCAGUUAGAAGAAGCUGAAUUAGCUCAAGAUGAAGAGCGUGAUCGUCGAAAACAACGCUCAGUGAAGCGUCCUAGCACAAGUGGAAUUGGACCCGCGGUCAAGUCAUCUGAUUCUACUUAUCUAUCCAAUAAAAUGAACCAUACACACCAGAAAACCACUGCACGCUUUCCCCUUGUGGUUGCGCGAACCGUCGCUAAAAUUGGUGAAGAAGAAGGUUAUGAAACAGAUCACCAAGAUUACUGUGAAGUUUGUCAACAGGGGGGUGAAAUAAUGCUGUGCGAUACUUGUCCCCGGGCAUAUCAUCUAGUAUGUUUGGAUCCAGAAUUAGAAGAGGCUCCGGAAGGGACUUGGUCUUGUCCUCAUUGUGAAAAGGAAGGUAUAACAUUGGUUUCAAAAACAGCUAAAGAACAUAAAGACGGUAGUUCUGAAGCAGCCGUUAUAUCUGAUAAGAAUGGGAAAGGUAUAUCGGCGGCUCAUGUUACAUCUCCCGAAAAAGACGACACCAAGAAUUUUGUACUGAAUCGUCCACAAGAACUGACUUCUGAAGAAUGUAGAGAAAAGAAGUCAGUAUGUGAAAAUGCUCCAGAUAGUCUUGGAAUCGUUCAGGAUUGUAACUCAGAAGUAGAUAGCACUCCAACUUUGACAUCCUCAGAAAAGCCGGAUGAACCUGCUAUGGAAAUGGCGACGGAUAACGAGUCAAAGCCUGUUGCAGAAAAAACCAACCUUUUGUCUUCACAGCCACAGCCUCUUCCAGUUAAACCAAUACACGUGAGACGUCCCACAAGAGAGUUUUUUGUUAAAUACUCAGAUUUAUCAUACUGGCACUGCGAAUGGCUAACUGAACUACAAGUAGAUGUUCAUCACCCAAUAAUGCUACGAAAUUACUUUAAGAAAAAUGAUAUGGAAGAACCACCACUUCCUGAGGAUGGAAGCACUUACAGAGGACGUGCUCGUGAAAAAGUUGCGGACCCUCAUAACUUAGAAGAGCGGUUUUAUAAAUGGGGUGUUAGACCAGAAUGGUUGCAGCCCCAAAGAAUUAUUGAUCAUCGAUCUGGCAAAGGAGGCCUAACUUGGUAUCUUGUUAAAUGGCGUGAUCUACCUUACGACGAGUGUACGUGGGAAGGACGGGAUGGAGAAGUUGUUGAUUUAGAUAAAUAUAUCGAGGAGUAUCGGACAAUGCGGAAAGUUUUCAUGGGGCAUUUGUGUAGUACUGUUGGACCCGAUGGCUCACUUUCAGUUGUGAGUUUAUGCAAGAGACAUAAACCUGGUCGUCGUUCUUCAAAAGAACUGGCUGCUGAGAAUUUGAGCCUGAAUUACUCAGAAAGUUGCCACCUGAUAGAUGUCUUACUGAUUUAA